UGGAAUGGAUGGAUGGAAUGGAUUACUGUGGAUUAAUUCUGUUAUUUUCUUGAACGGAGAACUUUAUUUAAACGGAGAACUUUACACAUUACACAUAAGAUUCCAUACCUGUAUAUCUUGAGUGACAGGUGUCUUGUCCAAUGAUCGGAGACAACACUAACGUCUGUGGUUCUACAUCCAGCAGUAAAACACCAAAAUGAGUGAAGAAAUAAAAAUCAUCCUGAUCCUCAUGUCCAUCAUUUUCCUCAGCCAACUCUGCUGGACACAGGAAGCAGAAGACUUACAAAAUCAUUACACUUCCAAGUAUAAGCGGUUGUGUUACGAUGCUUGCGACAUGCACGGAAAGAAUUACCACUGGUGCAACACUUACAAGGGCUGGGAUUACUGCUCGUUAAAGAAGAACACUGACUAUAAAGGCAACGAGUGUAAAGAUGACCAUCCCUGUGACCUGCAUGGUAAGAAAUACUACUGGUGCUAUACAAAGACUGGGAGUUGGGGUUACUGUGGAAAAGUGGAGCCCAAAAAACACAAACAUCUAUAUAAAGGUUCAUAUCAGCAAGAGUGCAAGGACAAUUGUUCCUAUGCAAAGUCAGAGUCAUACUACAGGUGCUAUACAGAUGACGGCUGGGACUACUGCUCUCCAUCACCUGAUGUCACGUAUAAGAAUGAGCCGUGCCGAUCUGAUCACCAUUGCCACACCCAUGGCUAUGACUACUCCUGGUGCUGGACAGAUUCAGACUGGGGCUACUGUGGCAUUAUUGAGGACAAUGGAAUUUGUGCUACUGUCACGCGUCAGAAGAGAGAAUCUGGUCACAUAGAUGAGAUCUGUUUUCUUGACCACGCUAACAGAAAGAUGACCAAGCUGAAGCAAAAGUGGGCUCCUGGAGCAAUAACAGAUGGACAUAAAUAUACUAAAGAGAUGGUACAAAUAAUUGCAAAAUGGAACAACAAUUACAUAGACGAGGACAGCAAGUCCAAUGUCUACACUACAAGUAACCUACGUCUUAACCUACAGGGGUUUGUGACAAGGGAUAAAAUACAUUAUUUUGGCCUUCAAAUUGAGAUGAAAAUGCAUCAUGACGAACACAAGAGUUCCAUAGUUGCUGAGGUGUUCUUACCACAGACUGUCAUUCCAGAAAGACACGUCCAAAAGGCCAUUAUUGAGAGCUUCUGCAACCGUGCCAGGGUUUUUGUGACUUCGAGCAACAGUUCCAGUAGUGAGGAUAACUGUGUCUUGAUCCCAUCCUAAGAUGUUGAUUAAUGAACAUUGUGUCGUAAUCAAAAACUAAGCUGUUGAUUUGCAGUCAGUGAAAUUUUCUUAAGCAACAUUUAACAUUUAAACUUCUGCUUGCUGCCUGAAGCUGAAGAACCACAGCAUGCUUUUAUGUUUGAAGAGAUUUGUUUUACUUUAGAUUUGAUUGUGUAGAAAUAUGUAGAUCCUGUUUAAUGACCCCUAUAACCACAUCACUGAGAAAGUGACAUGAGCUGAUGAUCAGUACACAGAUUCCACUGAAUCAAAGAGGAACAUCUAAUGUUUUAGCUUCAAGCAACAGAGAAAUGUACUGAAUGAUUAUAUAUUAAUAAAAACCUUUACUGCUGUUGGCUACCUGCAAUAAUAUUGUUCAAAAUGUUCAAUUUCUAUUAUUCUAAUUCAAUAAAACAAAACAAAACA